AUGGCCAUGGAACUUAAUUCAAUGGAAAAUCUUACUGAUUUACCAAUUUAUGAGAAUGUUAUAAAACGAUACGGAAAGUAUACAAAAAAAGUAAACGGGGAACUUGUUAAAGUUGUUUAUGAUUGGUUUGAACGCGAAUGCGGUAGUAAAUAUAAAUUAGCUCUGACAAAGCAACAGUAUGAUCAGGUGAAAUCAAUUGUCUCUCCUCGAGACGCUCAUGGAGAAACAUUACCAUUUGAUCAAUUUUGCGAUAUUCUAAUUCCGGUUAUAACUGCCGGCGAAAUCGACCAACAUGAUGAUCAUUCAAUAUGGCUCACAUUUCGUUCUUUCGAUAAGAAUAAUGAUCAUUAUAUACAAGCUGAUGAACUUGAAACUUUAAUACAUGUUAUUGGCAAAAUUAUUAGUAGAGAACAAAUACGACAUUUUAUUGAAAAAGUUGAUUGGGAUCAGGAUGGAAAAUUAGAUUAUAAUGAAUUUUAUCAAUUUAUUAUACGUGGCUAUGCACGAGAAUUACUCAUGAUGAACGUAACAAAAGAAAUUAACUAUUCGUAA